AUGUGUGUUGGAGAACUGCUGCAGGAUGUUAACUCUGCAUCAAAGUUGUGGAGUGAUGCUAUACCCGCAGAUUUCCGGACUCUUGAGUACAAAAAGCACCACCUCUGCUACAUGUUUUCGGUUUUAACAGUCAAAGCCCAAAUUUCCCUUGGGCCCUGGGCUUCUGUGGCUGUUUGUGAUGACAAACAGGUCGCUUACUACAGUAAUGAAAAUAAAAAAUGGAUAAGAGAGAGUCUGACUAUAGAUGAACCACCUGAUUCUAGAGACUGGUACCUACAUCAGUUAAACACUCUGUCAAACUGCACGGUCUCACAGUGUUCUGAGCUCCAUGUUCUUCAGAGAAUGGUUGGUUGUGAUCUGGUGAAUUUUCCUGAUGGGACAGUGAGUCUGAGAGCAUUUGAUGAAUAUGGAUUUGAUGGAGAGGAUUUUCUUGCCUUUAAUUCUGACGCUCUGCAGUGGAUUGAUAAAAACCCCAAAGCCAAAGAAACCAAAAUGAAAUGGGACCUUCAAACAGGACGAAACAAAUUCAUAAAGAAAUACCUGAACAACUGCAUGAACUGGAUCUCCACAUUUAACAACACAAAAAAGAAUUCACCAGAUGUUCGUGUCUUUGCGAGGAGAGCUCCUGAUGAUCACAAUAAGAUGGUUCUGAGCUGUCUGACCACUGGUUUCUACCCCAGAGAUAUUGAGAUGAACAUCAGAUUGGACAGAAUUAACAUUCAGAACCAAAUAUCAUCUGGAAUCAGACCAAAUGGUGAUGGAUCCUUUCAGCUGAGAACCAGUGUGGAGAUCGACAGAAACCAUGAAGGCUCUUAUGACUGUUUUGUCAUUCACAGCAGUCUGACUGAACCAGCUUCAAUAAAAUGGGAUGGAAUAUGUAUUAACUGUGAAACAGAAUUUCUAUGGCUUGUUAUAGCAGGGGCACCAGUUCUAAUUCUAGUUCUCACUGUGAUUGCUUGCAUCUACAAAAAGAAAAGGUCAAAUGAUCUCAUAUGCCGUUCUGAAUAUUAUGGUGAAGUGAGGAACGGUUCUGAGCCGUUCUCUCAUGGAAGAGGUUGUGAUUAGCUCAACACAGGCAAAUGGAGGUUGGCGAGAUAUGAAAUUAAAUUAAAUGAACCAUCUCAGGAUUUAUAAGAAGGAGAUGCAAAGGACUGGUUUCAAACAGGUUUCCUUCUCAUUUCUGUCACUGGGUAGAGAUAUAAAUAUCAUCAGUUGAGUCAAAUGUCGACUCAAACAGAUCAGUCUCACACUGUUACACUAUUUAGGAGGUCAAACUUCCAAUGACUUCUAGUUGAAAAUGAAGACACAAGAAAAUAUUUCAAAUAUGUCACCUUUACCUUUUCCAAAAGAAUACAUUCAUCACCUUUAUGGACUAACCCUGUUACUCGAUUUUAGUGAUUUUUUUAGCUUGUCAUUGCUACUUUAAUGAAAUGUGCACUUUCUGAAAAAUCACUUCAUGUCCAUAUCUGUUGAUUCAGUUGCAUUUGUUGCAUCUGUUGCU